ACAAAAUAUUGUGACAUUUCAUGUAUUUUUCUUUUGUCUUUUUAUUCCCAGAAAAUGUUUGAGUUUUUUCGGUGUUUAGUCAAAUAUUUCUUCUGUGGGCUGAGUUGCAAUGGGGGAGCGUUUGAAUUUAUGACCUCAGUCUUUCUAAAAUCCUGGCUGUGCCCUGAAGCAGCAAACGUUUAAUUCCAACAGAUUUUUUUCCCCAGAUGAGAAUGUAAAAACAGAUUCCAAAUGCCAUGUGCCUUUUCAUCCUGCUUAAGUGUUGUUAAACAGACUGUAUCUGACCUUUGCCCCUCCAGUACAAAAUAGAAUUGUAGCAAUAGUAAUUUCUACCAGACAGUGUUAACCCCCGACUCUCUGUACACUGUUUGCAUGCUGGAAUACUACAUGGCUCCAGGUUCGCUGUGUGGUAAUCUGAUUAAACCCAAAUAAAUUCAGAUGCAACAUGUAGGCAUAAAACUGAAAUGAAGGUCAUGAAACUGGAAUUUGUCACAGGGCCCCUCUUUAAAACUCGGCAGGUAAUAAAGCAGGGCCCACCUUAUGUCAGCUGAUGUUUUAGUGGUGCAUAUUUCCAAAUAUGUUUUCAAUUAAAUUAGCCCAAACCUGUUUACGCACAUAAAGACUGGAGCUUUAGGGGCCUCUUGAUUUUGGGUCACAAAACCAGUUUACCAACCGGCAAAGCAGGCAACUGCCCAUGGGCCCUGGAGGCCCUGAGGCAAUAACUGUGCGGCAAUUUGAUUAAUUGCAAAUUUAGUUGGAAAUAUGCUCGACUAAAACCCAGUAAAAAACCUCAUGUUGUAAACACCCUUUGGUCAGCCCUGCUAUUUUUCUUUAACCUAAUCUUGGGGCCCGUUUUGUAGAGGGCCCCUGUGUCAAAAUCUAGUUUUAAGACUAUUAAUAUUUUAUGUUAUAUUAUGCUCACAUGCUGCAUAUUUUUCCAAACUAAUUUCUCUUUAAUCUAGGAUGGUUAUUUUUAUGAUUAAUCUGCCCAUUAUCUGAGCCAUCAAUCAAUAUUGGUCAUCACAUGUUUGGCAUUUCUGCUUGAACAAUUAGUUAAACGAUUAAUCAUUUUUCAGAAUAUUUGCAGAUUAAUUUUCUUUUGAUCGACUAUAGAUGAACCGACGAGUCGCUGCCAACACUGGUUGGUUUCUGGGGCAAUGAGGAAAUGCGUGUGCUUUGGUCUCAAGAGGGGCCCCUCAGCUCACUUUCGGGCCCCCUCGCUGGUGCCCUCUUUGCCUGGUUGUUAACCCAGCCGUGGGUAUUCAUUUACACCUACCAGUCUAAUCCUAGAUAAUCGUAGUAUAACAAUGAUAACAGUUUCUGUUAUAACACACAAUAUGACAUCCGACUGUCCCAGCUGUUGGGCCCUGCGCUCCUGAGGGGCCUGCUGGGUGUCAUUAACAGAGAUCCGCUGGUGGAGCGGGUGGCCUGUAGCCUGCGGGCGUCUACAGGCCCGCUGAGAAAGCCUUGAUCUUUUAACAACACACUCGGCGUGUUGCGUGAUCGCUGCGUGUCCGGGGUGAGUCGCUCCUGACUGCGCGGAGACUUAAUCAUGGGGAGGGUUUUCGAUCGUCAUAUUUUCCACAGACGCGCUUUAAUUACCAGGAAAUCUGGAGUUGAAGCGGAGGUUAAACCGGCGGCAACCGUUUCGUGCGCCUGCGGCAUCUCGGGUGAUUUCCUCACCGCAGGCUGGAUCCCAUUACCGACCGGCCGCACCGGCUCCAACGCGACCGGCGAGGGAGAGAGAGGCAUUGUGGUGUGUGCCCGCUCUCCCAUCAUCAUCAUCAUCAUCAUCAUCAUCAUCAUCAUCAUCAUCAUCAUCGUGUCCUUUAUGGGUUGGAAAACAACAGUAGCCCAGAAGUGAAGCUUGCUUCCCAACAGCAUGAGCACUACUUCCAGCAGUAUGCUGAAUAAUGAAGACACUGGGAAUUCUAAUGCAUUCAUAGUUGCUUAUGAUCACAUUUCUAAAAUCCAGUUACCUGUAUAAAGGUCGUUGUAAAAUAUGAAGACACUUGUGUUAAAUCCACCAUGACCGCCUAUAAACAAAUCUUCCACUAACACCCUGUGUGGGAAUGAGCUGAUAUGCAGUCAUUCAGCAGUCAGAAGUGUUCUGUGUGUUAGUAGUACAUCUCUUUCAGAAAAUGUUCCCAUGAGCCUUUUUCUACUCCUGUGUGCAGGACAUCGUGACAGAUUCUUCGUGCGCUGUGCUUCAGCGUGUUUCCAUUUCCAUGUUCCAACCCCGGUGGGAUGAGCAGCUUCUCGGACAACACACAGGCCAAACAUUCGAAUCUUCAUUUCCAGCAAGUUCAAAAACAAUUUAGAUUUUAGAUGCAGACACGUAUAGUCUCCAUAGACCAGGUGUAUGUGUCAUAUGAGCCAUAAAUACAUAGCCUUCUAAAGAAAACAUCAGCACCGGCUCAGCGCAUGUUGGAAUAAGUUCUCUGGGCCUCUGCUUCUGCAGGAAUACAAUUGAGGCACAGUGGAUAUGCCAAACUUCAUUCAAAAACCUCGCAGUUCUUAACAGCAAAUGUCCCCACAUUAUAGAUCACGCCUUGAACUUUCUUAAAGUAAAGUUGUUAGAAUCUGCUGGUAAAAUCGACAUGUCUGUGCCAAAUAUUAAAACACACUGCUUCCCACCGCUAACAAGUGUACGCCCAUAUGUUGUUGGACGUAGGUUGUGGCAAUAACAAUUUUACAUUUAAAAGUAGGCCUACUAUAAGGCCUAUUAAGUUAAGUAACGCUAGAUAGGCCAACGUGUAUGCCAAAUGAAAGAGAAGCCCCCAUAGAUUGUUAAAAUCAGUUUACUAAAUCUGUAUUUUUGUUGAUAGACAAUAAAUCUUUUAAACUGACACAUUUUUUAAGGAGUUCUGCAUAGCUUUCUCCCAGAAGUGAGAGAACGGGCUCUGGCGGAUUUUUCGAUCCAGUGUGGGCCAGAGGUGAACAUCUUCACCAGCCAAUCACCGUUCCGCGUGAAGCACGUCAUUACAAAGAGUAGCCAAUAGAUACGUGAGCCGGGUAUGCAAUCGUCCAAUGGGAACAGAGAUGCCUGCAGUGGGCGGGUCUUCGAGCCUGCAGCACUGAAGGGGCUCUGGAUGCGCUGCUAGCCAUAAAAUCACAUAGAAUCGAAGAUACGCGAAUGCUGGGCUUUUUGGAGAUUCUGCCCGGACACUUUCAAGCCCAACAGGCGUCAGUUUAGCAAACUGUCGGUCGUAUCUGCGCUGAGGGCCUAAUGUCUCCAGCGGUUCCACAAGUCCCUUUAACAUCAGGUAUGAUGGAGCCAAGCGUGCGGUGAUGGGCUCAUCAAUGGGCUGACCAAAAAGGCCACUAUAAUCCACAGAACUCCAGGAAUUAGCUGCGUCCCGCUCGUCGCCAUCCACCGGAACACCUGGAAUAUGGGAAUGUGUCCACGCGCCAGCGGCUGUGGACUUUAGGUCGGCCAGUGGGACAAAUCCGGUUUCCCGUCUGGAGACGUCGCAGCUCUUCGCAGUGCUAUGAGACACCUUGACACUGACUGACCGCAGCCGGCCUGAGAGUGGAAACGUGGGCGGGCAGACAGAGACGACAACAUGAAGGAGAAAUCGAAAAAUGCUGCCCGGACUCGACGGGAAAAGGAAAACAGUGAAUUUUAUGAACUGGCCAAACUGUUGCCGCUGCCCUCCGCCAUCACCUCCCAGCUGGACAAAGCCUCGAUCAUCCGGCUGACGACAAGCUACCUGAAAAUGAGAAUAGUCUUUCCUGAAGGCCUCGGGGAGUCCUGGGGUCAUGUGAGUCGCAGCAGUUCUCUGGAUGGAGUCAGCCAGGAGCUAGGCUCCCAUCUCUUACAGACAUUAGAUGGCUUCAUUUUUGUGGUUGCUCCAGAUGGGAAAAUAAUGUACAUAUCAGAAACAGCAUCAGUCCACUUGGGCUUGUCGCAGGUAGAGUUGACGGGAAACAGCAUUUAUGAAUACAUCCAUCCAGCAGACCACGACGAAAUGACAGCUGUCCUCACAGCACACCAGCCUUACCAUUCACACUUUGUCCACGAAUAUGAGAUGGAACGCUCCUUCUUUCUGAGAAUGAAAUGUGUCCUCGCUAAAAGAAACGCUGGUCUUACCUGUGGAGGCUACAAGGUGAUACACUGUAGCGGCUACCUGAAGAUCCGCCAGUACAGCCUGGACAUGUCUCCGUUUGACGGCUGCUAUCAGAACGUGGGGCUGGUGGCUGUUGGUCACUCGUUGCCGCCCAGCGCCGUCACUGAGAUCAAACUGCACAGCAACAUGUUCAUGUUCAGAGCCAGCCUGGACAUGAAGCUCAUCUUCCUUGACUCACGGGUUGCAGAGCUGACAGGCUAUGAGCCUCAGGAUCUAAUAGAGAAGACUCUCUAUCAUCAUGUCCACAGCUGUGACUCCUUCCACCUGCGAUGUGCUCAUCACUUGUUGCUGGUGAAAGGUCAGGUCACAACUAAGUACUACCGUUUCUUGGCCAAGCAUGGUGGCUGGGUCUGGGUUCAGAGUUAUGCAACCAUUGUACACAACAGUCGCUCAUCCCGACCUCACUGCAUCGUCAGUGUCAACUAUGUUCUCACGGAGACAGAGUAUAAAGGCCUCCAGCUUUCUCUGGACCAGGCAACGUCCAAGGCCUCUUUCCCCUACAGCACCACCACCAGCAGCCUCACAGAGAACUGCAGAACUCCCAAGAGCAGAGUAUCCCGGCCCAAGACCAAAGCUAGACUCUCACCAUACACACAGUAUCCUAGUUUCCAAACCGAGCGAUCAGAGUCCGACCAGGACAGUCCGUGGGGCGGCAGCCCCCUCACCGACUCGGCCUCCCCUCAGCUGCUGGAGCAGAGUGAAGGCCUGGAUGCCUCCUGUGUGUACCGGCAGUUCACUGAUCCUCACACGCUCUGCUACAGCCUGUCUGAAGAGCAGCAUCACACCACCAGCGACAGCCACACACACCUCCACGCACAUGGUCAAAGUCAGAGUUGUGAGCGGGGUCGAUGUGAGGCAGGGCGAUAUUUUCUAGGUGCACCUCCGCCUGGCAGGGAUGUGUGGUGGGGCUCCGCCCGGUCCAUCCUACCAUUAAGCAAGAGCUCCUUGGGGAACCACGAGGCAUAUGACAGCAGCAUGCCGCACAUCACAGCCACCCACAGCUACCAUGGCCGGGGCCACUGGGACGAGGACAGCGUGGUCAGCUCUCCAGAUGGAGGUUCAGCCAGUGACUCAGGGGAUCGGUACCAAGCUGACCACUACCGCUGCAGCCCGCAGGAACCCAGCAAGUUUAAGACGCUGCUCCGAGCCACGCAGCAGAUGAUCAAGGAAGAAGAAAGUCGGCUUCAGCUGCGCAAGGGCCCUCCGGAUGCCCCACUGGGGUUGGCCAAUGUACUACCCAAGGGCCCUGGUCCAUGCUUCACUCCCGAGUAUACUCAAGGGCCCCUGCCGCUACAGACUGUGGUGUGUCGAGGUUUGAGUCAGGUAAUCAGCCCUGCACCUAGCCCUGCCCCCCUAUCCAGGCUCAGUAGUCCAGGUUCGGAGCGCCUACACAAGCCCAAAGACUACCUCCAGACAGACCUUUCUCCCCUUUCUUUGCCAUUACACCACCCGUUUGGUGGGAUGCCCGCGCUCGGCUUCCCCACCCCAGCCCCUGCCCUCUACCCCUCCCACACCCACACGCGGCCCUACUUGGACAAGCAUACAGCCUACUCCCUGACAGGCUACACUCUGGAGCACCUCUACGACCCAGAGAGCCUCCGGGGCUACCGCACCUCUGCCAGCACGGGCCCCACCCAGUACGAUAUGACCCCUCACUUCUGCAUACCGGCAGAGCAGACCCCUGGACACAAAGGCACCUCUGUCAUUAUCACCAAUGGCAGCUAACACUCAUCUAACACACACAGUGGGACUGCAGUCACACAGCCUGAGCUGGUUAGCUCCGUUACAGCAUUAAGCCAUUGUUAUUCUGGAUCCUGUUAGCUUGUUUUUCCAUCAUACCGAUCAAUUCUGAUCCAAAUCUCAUUUGUCGCUUUAUUAUAGAGCUACAUUGUAGCUAAAUUUCCACCCAAAUGUUGCUCAAACUUCAAAGAUAGUUGGGCCUGCUCUAAAUAGACCCUAGGAAAAUGAAAUCCGUUCUAAAGUGUGGUUUACCCAAACAGACCCAAAUAGGGAGAGAACACCAACACUGAAAGCAGCAUGAUAUUCCACCAGUUGAUGAGAAGCGAUGGUCAAAAAUAGAGUUAGGGUUAGCUGAUAGUGAGGCUGCUUGGAUCCACUUGGUUAUUAGACAUACAGACAGACACACAGACCUAAGAUCCACAGCAAUACUACAGUACCCCGCCCUACCUGAUUAGACUAAAUAUAAUUUGGACCCCAAUGCGACUCAGAUCCCAACUUGGUCUCUGUUACUAGGAACCAAGCGGACCCAUGGGGACCUCUACUAUGUAGCCUUAAUGUCUGCUGCCAUUUUAAUUCUUUAUAAUUUGGUCUUUCUGGUGGAGCAGAGAUAUGUUAGGGCGGUUGGCAGCAACAUGUAAUCAUUGUAUGUAUAUAAUAAUACACUUCUGGGGAAAAAAAGAAGCAUCUCCCGCAACGUCAUCAACGUCUGUUUCCAUCAGCUUUAUUGCAUCUUCUCUUCAUUCCCCAGUUUCUUCACAUCAGAAAAAGUGUGCAAACUUUGAUGUUUUUAAUGUGCAAACUCAAAAUGUCAUCAAGCCCUCCAAAUGAAACGACAAAAUAUGUUGUUUCUCCAUGCCCUUUCGAAUGACACACAGAAUUGAUUCCUGAGCUGACGGCCCUAUCAGCAGGACAACGUCAUUUGACUGUGCCUUCCAAAACGGUUAUAUAUCACGGUUAAAAAAUAAAUCCAUUUUAUGAUGUGACAACACUAUGGUUAAGGUUUGGUUAGAUUUAGGCAGAACAAAACCGACUUGGUUAUUUUUAGGGAAAGAUCAUGGUUUGGGUUAAAAUAAGCACUUUGUUAAGGUUGGGUGACCUUUGUUGUCAUGGUUACGAUACUGUAAUAACCACGUGGUUAAGAUCAGGGAACGAUUGUGGUCAUGGUUUUAAAAACUAAAAAACCAACGUUGACUGUCGGUUGGAAACAGGAAACGGUCUCUGGUGUUAAAGUCUGACCCCCGCGCCCACCCUGACCUCCCUAUUCCAUACUUGCCAACCUUGAGACCUCAAAUAUUCGGAACCAAAGCAGGGGUUUUGGGGGUCCUCCCCCAGAAAAAUUUGAGUUUCAGAGACUUUGUGUCCUGCAUUCUGAUGACUUUUAAAGAAUCAAAGUAACAAAAUAAUGAGUACACUGAAACAGCAUUUUUAUGUUGAAUACUUUUAAUUUUACUUUUAAUUCUCAGGAAAGAAUACAGAAUAAUUCACCCCUCUGGCAUUCAUUUGCGUGAAUCUCUGGCAUAAACUAAUAUUCAUCAGUUUUCAUUCAUUCAUUUCAUUCAUUCAAUUUUUGCCCCUACCCUCUUCCGUAAGAAAUGGGAAUUUUUCUUUCCAGGAGCAAACAGCUCUCUUCUCAUUAUGUGCAUGCCAGGAACCAGCAUUUGGUGUAGCUGUAUUGUUGUACAGGGGGAAACAGUAGACUUUUAGAGUCGCAGGGCUUAUACACGCUGUACGGUGCCAGAAACAGGUUGUGAUAAACAAAAAAGGAAAUAAAGGCGUGAAAAUUGUCAUAAAUUGGGAGAAAUACGGGACAAUUGUGACCCCGAGAGGAAAGUGGGAGAGGGCAAUGAAAAACGGGGGAGCUUCCAGGAAAAUCGGGAGGGUUGGCAAGUAUGCUCUAUGUGGACUUUGUCACUUUAUAAUAACAUCACCUGACUUCCUCCUUCAUAAUUACUAUGGCAGCUAGUGGGCUGUCAUUUGAACUUAAACAUAUGUAGUUUUGGGGUACUUGCUGAAAUACCUGAUGCUGUCAUUCUUGGGAGGACAGUCUCCAAAAUGUGCAUAAAGAUGUGGAUGGAAACAUAGUUACUGAUGUGACGUCUGUACAUUUGACCAGCAUUUCUCCAUGAAUGCUGUCACAGUAGUGUAUGAAAAUGGAUAGUACAACAAAACUGUACAGUGCAGUACAGUACAUCCUUUUUCUGCCACUGUCUCAAUAUAGAUUGAGUCGUAAUAGGUUUUAUUUUUGAAAGGGAGAAAGUAAUACAUAGUGUAAGUCACACUUGAUGAAAAAACUACCAAUAUUUUGGUCAAAAUCGAUCAGUACGAUGGGAAAAAACAGGGAUGGGUAGAACAUGGCUUGAGUUCUGCUUUAACAUCCGUCCCCGUGUGUAACCUUUUGCACUAUAAGAAACUGAGUUUUUGUGAAGAGGUCUCUUUGUUUUUCAAUGCAUUUGAAUGAAGAGGAAUGACAGGUUGGAUGUGGUGCACUUUGCAGUGAUGCAACCUAAUUAAAUGUCACAGACUAAUAUGCAAAGCCAUUCUCUUGAUGUUUUUUUUCUCUCAGUUUUGGUAUCUUGCAGGAAAGUAAAUACAGUAAAGAAAAAGGCAGAUACAUUGAAGACUGUCACAUGAUAAAUAUGAUGUACAGUGAGAACCAUGGAUGCUGAAUGAAUUGUUGGACAUAUUUUAAUGGGUGACACAGGACGUUUGCUGCUUCAGUACAUGUUGAAUAAUCAUGGUGGAGGGAAAAUAUUUGAUUGGCAAGACAAUAAAAUGACCAGCUAUAUAUUCUACAGCAUUCUUUUUUACCAGAAACUGAAGUAUGACAGAAGAUAUGGGAAAUAUUGUAUGUUUUCCAUCCUGAUAUCUGUGGUAAUCAUUUCUCAGUGACUGUAGGAAGACUGACACUUGUGACCAUAUGCAAUUUGACCCGUUGGAAUGCCAAGUAAGGCAGCUUAAUUGCGUUCAUUAUGACGGAUCCCUGAAGCAACUGUUAAUUAUUGUUAUGUGGGCAUGUUUGUACAACAGGAUUCAAGUUUUCUCUUGGAUUUUCUUCAUGUCCUCUUCAGUCCUUAGAUGAAACUAUAUUUAUACAAGUUUGGAUUUGUUUUUCGUUUUGUCAAAGCCUGAAAUGUGCUCCAUCUCUUAUUUAUGGUGUACUGUAAAUAUGCUCAAAAAAGAAAAUCCCACCACAUUUAAGCACAUGGGCAAAAACUGUAUUUAUUGAUUAAAUGUUUCUUUAUGAUUAAAUAUACCUGCAAUUAAAUCCAGUCUAACUGCUUGUAUAUUGAGUGUGUUUUUGACUGAAACUAAUUCUAAAAGAAGACAAAAUAAAAUAAUUUUGCAGAGA